UGAUUGUGUUGAUUUUUUCUCUUGUUUCAGGUGUAGAGCCACAGCACUGCAAACAUGUCAAUUGGAGUGCCAAUUAAAGUCCUACACGAGGCUGAGGGCCAUAUUGUGACAUGUGAGACCAACACAGGAGAAGUUUACCGAGGCAAACUUAUUGAAGCUGAAGACAACAUGAAUUGUCAGAUGUCCAACAUAACAGUGACGUACAGAGAUGGACGAGUGGCACAGCUUGAGCAGGUGUACAUCAGAGGUAGCAAGAUACGGUUUCUUAUUUUACCAGAUAUGUUGAAAAAUGCUCCUAUGCUAAAGAGCAUGAAGAAUAAAAACCAGGGUUCUGGAGCUGGGCGAGGAAAAGCAGCUAUUCUCAAAGCUCAAGUGGCUGCAAGAGGAAGAGGCCGUGGUAUGGGCCGUGGCAACAUCUUCCAGAAGCGCAGAUAAUUUUGGUCUUGAUCAACAUGCUUUUUUUUAUUAGGGGGUAUUAACUUGACUACAUGUGGAUUGGUAUCAGUUUUGUUUAAUAAAUGUUUCUGACAAAAACUUGUCUGCUCUUACAUGACCGGACUUCUCUUGGGCAAAUACAUUAUAGAUGAUUUCAAACUUAAAAUAGCUUUGUCUGGAAAGUAAUGGACUUUAUAUCUAGAUUUGACUACUUUGUAUUUGUGUGAUGCAUUGACCCUUAAAGAUUGUCAUGUUUCAUUUUUCUUCUUUAGUCCUGUUGUCAUUCAUUCUCUAAAGAAUUAUAAGUCAUUCUUGAUGAAGAAUUUUUGAAUAGUGUGUUUUAAAGUCAUAUUAGCAGCUGCAUUUAUGGAAAUUACAGCAAAACUGAGGCAGCAGCUUCCAGAGAAGCAAAGCACUAUGUUCUUUUAUGUGGACCUAGAACAGAUAUAGGUCUAUCUUCAGAUCUGUACAUUGAGUUGGUAUUAUUGCAUUUCUUAUUGUUUUCUUUGGAUACAGGGAGAAUUUUUUAUUAGGAACACAAAACUUUGGUAGACUGAGUCUAUAUUUGCAGUGAAAAGUUCUGUUCUAACUCUGUUUUUCCCUCUGCCUGGGAAAAGAAGACACACUAUAAAAUAGGCAUUUGAAAGGAUGAUUUUGAAAUGUCUUGUAAAUUUAAAAGGUAGUGCAGGGGUAUGGAGAAAGUUUUAUAAAUAGUUAUGCAUUAAAUACAACUCAGUACAAAUGCUAAUGUUUUGAACAAAACUUAGGAUCAACUUGAGCUUUUGGUCUUAAUAUCUAUGUGCAGUCAUAUAGAUCAUCAGCUGAUGUGCAGGAAGCCAAAUGUAGUUGUAACUUUAUUUUGCUAAAAGUAUGGUGUGGUUGUUCUUACUUAAAUCAUUGAAAUGUUUAAAUGUGACACUUCUGUACCUAAUCACAUAUUUGCAUACAAUCAGUUAUCAGUCUGUACAUCUACAAAAUACCUAGUCAUGCUUUGAUGCUGUGAAGACUCCCUUGUGUGCAGACAUGAAAGUUGAACUAAUGUAUUUGUUGAAUUGUCUGUAAAUAAAGCUGUAUUUGGUCUCGCAUCA